CAUUAAAGAAUUUCCAAGCUGCACACAUUAAUCAGUCUUCAUCAACUCACAUUAUCAAGGAGUGAAUAUUGCAAGUAUGAUGUCAUACAUUGGGCCUAUACUCCUGUUUCUAUUCAUUGUGCUGGUAGUGUGCCCUACCGAAACAAGGAAGCAGAUAUAUAUGAAUAAGCCACUAGGAAGGCAGAUCGAGUUUCCCGAUAAUUCAGCUGAUAAUACAUUGAGUGCAUACAGAAAGAAGCAUAAUGUCCUUAACCUUUGCACAUACAGUUUGAAGAAAAAGAAAGGAAUGGUCUGUGUGUGUCAAGCAAAAGCGAAAACUGACCAAAUCCCAUUAGGAGAUCUCCUGAAACACAUGGAUAAGAAAUACAAGUCCUGUGCUUCUUUGAGGUUUGAGAACUUUGAGUUUGAAAUUUUGAAAAAUGGCUCAUUUAUGGGAUUUGAACAUCUAUCAUCGAUUUAUCUGAUAAACUGCAGUAUCAUAAAGAUUGAAAGAAACACUUUUAAAAAUUUUGUGAAUCGAAGUAAUGUUAGAUUAACCAUUGAAAUGAAUCCUAUUGAACAUAUUGAACCUGGAACCUUCAAGGUACCUAAAUCAUGGAAACAACUGUCUCUUCAUCAAAACCAGAAUUUGGGAACAGAAAAUAUUCUUACAGUUUUUAAUGAUCUACAAAACAAAGCAGUGGAGAAUUUGGAAAUUAAAACAUGUGGAGUUUUUCUAAGAAAGAUAGAUAAAUCCUUUUUUGAACCACUACGUUAUGCCAGACUCAGAAGAUUAAACAUGUUAGGAAAUUCUUUCGGAAUUUUGGAGGCUGAUGCGUUUGAACCAUUGGCCGAAUUCCUUGAUACCUUAGUAUUGUGGAACUUUAUGUAUGUGGCCAAAGAUACAUUUGAGAUAUUCUAUAAAUUGAGAACUCUAGACAUAGGUGGAUUCAUUGUAACUGCGAGUUAUUAUCCACUAGAGUUAUACCUUAAUAUAUCAGGAUUACGAAGUUUAAGCAUUAACAUGAAGAGUAGUUCGGUAAUGGCACUGGACAUGUCGGGCUUAAAAAACUUGCAUGAGUUGCAUAUGACAAGUGGUAGUUUUGCAUUUUGGCCACACAUUAAGCAAGUGAUUGGGCUUUUAAACAUUGCAAAAUCAUUGCAACAAAUAGACUUAUCAGAAAAUUCAUUAUGUAAAUAUUCAGAUGUAGAACUUUGUCAAAUCUUUCAGGAUCGUUACAGUCUUAAUUUUCUUUCACUAAAAAGCAAUGACUUAUCCCACCUCCCUCAAUGCAUAUUUAAAGGACUAUACAAUCUUAGAGAUUUGAACCUCCAAAGCAACUUACUUACAUUUAUCGAAAGGGGUAUCUUUAAGGAUUUACACAGUUUAAGUGUGUUGGAUUUGUCAAGGAACGCAAUAACUUUCAUUGACCCAAGUAAUUUGGAAAUCAUGAAACCUAUUGGAGGAGGUCUGAUCCUUAAUCUUCAUCAAAAUAACUUUGACUGUAACUGUCAACUGAAAGGUCUUCGUAACUGGCUCACAAUGAAUAUUCUACAAAAUAGAUAUAAGUUUAAAUAUACUGCAGUAAAUUGUUCAACACCAACAUACAAACAAACCGAAUACAUCCACAAUUUUACAAUGAUGUGGAUAGAGUGCAACACACAGCUUGUCAUUGAAGUUUCAUCGAUAAGUGGAGGCUUAAUUUUAAUAAUCACAAUAGUGACACUUGUGCUAUUGAAGCAUUUCUGGAAAGAUAUCCAAUAUAGGAAAAUGAUCAUACUUGCACGCAAGCAUGAACAAGAUGUAAAUUUAGAUGGACUUCUCAUUGAACAUGACGCUUUUGUAAGUUACCACAGUGAAAAAAGAUUGUGGGUAAAUAAGGAUUUAUGUAAUGAACUCGAGAGGGGAUUAGAUAUCAAGUUCAAAUUAAUGUACGAUGAUCGAAUAACGCCUGGUGGUUCAUUAUUCACCUCUUUGGGAAAUGCAAUACACACCAGCAGAAAGAUUUUAUUUGUGGUGAGUCGUGGUUGGGUGAAAGAUGGCAUGAAUCAAUUUGAGGUGGACAUGGCUUUAGCCAAACUCCUAGAUGACUACAG